AUGGAUGGUGAAAUCACAAAAUGUCCUUACAACACUAUCUAUGCGCCAUUGAAGAACAAGAAGCCCGAAGGAGGAGUGUUGUGUUGUGUUCACGGUGCGAAUUGUGUCUACAGUAAUCAUAACAAUACGAAGAAGUCCGACGAGAAUCAAUAUGUGAAUUUGGGAUCGCCGAAGAAAGAGGAUCCGAUUGCAUCGAAAUUAGUGGAGAAGUUGAAUAAAUUGGUGGUUGAGGAGAAGGUUCCGACACGUCCGAAAGUGGAAACAAUGAGUUUGUACACUCUGAUGGAGAAGGAAAGCACGAGAAAAGGGAAGAGUGAGAAGGAGAAAAAGAAGAAGAAAGAGCCGACGGAGCAGAGUGAAUCUUAUGUUAUGUUGGGUCCGACGAGUGAGGGCCAGACUUCAACUGUUCUGUCGACUUCAGCUCCUGCAUCUGAAAUCUCGAUCAUUGAUCGACAGGAUGAUAGCGAUAGACGCGGUGAAGCCUCAUCUGCCUACAUCGGUGUGCUCACUCUCGCAGAAGCUGAGAAUCGUCUAACGAAUCGUGGAGAAUUCGCCCUCUACCAUCUCUCCCAUCCAGCUGGUCGCCUCGAUACUCUCUACGAAUCCCUCCCACUCAUGCUCAUCUACCGUACUACCACCAAAAAGAAUCGUCACUAUUCGAUUCGUGUCUCCUCGGAAAACCAAUAUUUCGUUGAUUGUGGAUAUCCGAAUGUUCGAAAACACUACUCGUUGAAUCAGUUGGUCAUGUACUAUAAGGUCUCUGCCACGUGUGAAAUCAAUCCAGAUGACACGUCGGCUGAUUCCUUUUCUUGGUGGCUUGAAUAG